CCCUGACCAGGACCGUCCCAAGACUGUGUCUUGUUGGCCUCGGUAUAUCGGUUUGACUGUCUCUUUUGCCUGUUGCUGUUUGCUUACUGUGUCUGGCUGUGUUGUCGUGUCUGCGCCAGAGGCACGGUGACGACUGUGCUGUGGUCUGCUCUUUCUCGUACGUACAAGUCGGGGAGAUUGUGCAUACAGGAGGAGGGAUCAAUCAUAUGUGUAAUGUGCGUGCUGGGUUUGAUCUGAUGUCUGUGCCAUGUGUCUGUUACGUUUCGUUGGGUGUGGGUGGGGGUUGAUGCCUGUCUGUUGCCUCUUUGUGUUGGUCGCUUCUUGUCGUAUCACCGCAUUUCGCGAGACUAAUAGCCGCUGCGGGGAGCUGCAUGUGUUCCGGCUUAGUGCACCCGUGUACCGCCAGUAGGCGACUUGGCACAGACCCAGACCCAUACGUGCAGUUCGAUUCGAGUUAAUCGACGUGUGACCGGCUGUGAAGCACGUCAAAGCAAGAUCUACACACGCAAACUUCCACAUCCAUCGCAACUCAUGUCUCGUAGAUCUCGCGCGUGUAACUUGGUCUCCGCUCGAGCUUUAACUCCUUUUCGGAGUGGGGAUAUGAGGAUAGAUUACCCAGGCCUCCUGGGUGCUUGCCUCCUGGCCAUUUGCUCGGCAGUCCAAGUAGAUCUCUCGUCGGCAGCUUUUCUGCAGCGGAGGCUGCCUGGCGCACAUGGCCAUGAGCGACGCAGGCGCAAACACGCCUGCAACAGGAUGGCAUCCUCAACCCUCCCUGACUGUAAGCACGACAAGCAGUGGCGUGAACGGGUGGACCCAUUGUUUCCGCUUUCUCUUGCUGACAGGUCCUCGUACGCUGUGGAGUGACAUUGAUGUGGAUUAUCUGAGAUCAGGAACGUCAGCACACCCACCAUCGGAUGCUUCCCUGUGGGACCGGCUGCUCAGCCCGCUCGCCGCUUACCCCUCAUCAGCGCAUCUGCGAGAUGCGGCUCCCUUCCCUGCCGUCAUCGAAUCGACAGCCGAGAGGAACACCGAGGGCGCCUCCUUCUUCAUGCGCAACCGUGCAGCCAUUCUGGAGCAGCUGCGCAAGAGCGGUGCAGUGUGGCUCCGGGGGUUCGAUCUCAUGGAGACCGAGUGCGGCUUCCAGGCGAUGUAUGAUGCCCUUGGCCUGGUGCCUUGCCUGGACCCCAUCCACAGCUCUGGCCUGCGCAAGAUGGUUGCGCCCAAGCAGGCCGUGUAUGAGACCGUCAACAAGCCCUCGCUGUCCAAGCAUUAUGUUGGGAUGCACAAUGAGUCCACCUUCAAGAAGUCCGCCGUGUUUGGGGCCUUCGUCUGCUUCCGGCCUGCGAGGGAGGGAGGAGAGUUCCUAGUGGCUGAUGGAGCGGAGAUCCUCAGGCGACUUGACCCUGAUGUGGUGGCAUCUCUGUGCAACAAGAAGAUACGCAUAUCGGUCAGACAGAUCUGUCCACAGAGAGAGAGAGAGAGAGAGAGGGGGAGGGAGGGGUGUCAUGCGGUCCGUUUUGUGUGUGUCUGCAACAGGUUACAAAUCUGGACUUCCCCUUCCUCUCCAGGCUACCAGCGCCGCUGCGGACGAGUGUCAAGGGCCUUCUGCAGGACCUCAUCUCAAGGCUGGUGGCCCCGAAAUUCGACAUGGAACUUGAAAUGGUACGGCCGCCACACGUGUGGCGUUGGUUUGGCGGCCUCAGGUCACUGCGUUUCUGCAUGCGUGUGUGAAGUACAGGUGUGGGGUGCUGACGGUGUGCCGCAUCGAUUGCAGGCCAUCGAGCCGAUGCAGUCGCCUGUCAACCUGCACCCCAUCACCAAGAGGCCCCUCUGGUUCUGCAACAUCCACAACCACUCACGCUGGCUCAGGUCAGCACAGCACAGCCCCCGCACGACAGACAGGCACACAAAGCAAAUGACGGCAAAAUGCACUGAGAUAUUUCCCUCUUAUCCUCUUUCCCGCUUCCCUUCUGUCAGGGAUCGGCGGCCGUGCACAGUGCCUGAGGUCGGCAUGACCGAAGUCUACCACGGCGACCUCUCACCCAUCCCUUCCGAGCACGUCGAGCACAUCGAUAAGGUCACCAGGGAGUGCAUCGUCGAGAUACCCAUGCAAAAGGGCGACGUCGUGCUGGUCGACAACUACCGGACGCUCCACGGCCGCAACAUCUUCGACGGCGAGCGGAUGCAUGCCGUCACGUGGUUCAAGGGCGUCACACCGGGCGAGGGGGCCUACUUCUCGGUGGAUACAAAGCGUGAUACAGCAAGUGGCGAGGGCGUGCGGGGAAGCGGCGAGUAUGACUUCACGGCUGGCGAUCUGCUGAACGAGGCGAUCAACAAGUUUUUGGUCAAGUGACUGGUCUAUGAAGAACGCCGUGCUGUGCUGCCGUUUGCGGCUGUGUUUGUGUGUGGUCUGAGGUGUGUGGUCUGAGAAUGAAGUCAAGUCUUUUACGCUGACUCUCUUCUUACACUCUGUAUGACUGCGUGUGCUUCGGCGGGGCCUUAGUGCCAUCCAUAUAUGGACGACGCCCAAGCACUCGUCAUUUUUCACUUUGUGUGGAGAUAGAUGCAUACGUGAGAUGCGACAUUAUAUCGUGGGGCUCUCCAGUUGACCCCCCCGACCAGCCAUUCCCAGGGAAGGACCGCAGCUAAACAUACAGAGGAAAAAUGUGG